AGAAGGAGGUGAUUGUUGGGCAGGAGGGAAACAUAAAGAGGGCAGUGAGAGGAGGAGAGGCAGCAAGUGAGGCGCAGCACACAGAGAAGCUCAACUCGCAUUCUGAUCAACGCUGCAAUCUGAAGCAACAGCUCAUCGCCCGCCAUGACGAAACGUCCGUUUCCCCUCGUGAUCGCGUGCCUGCUUUCCAUCAGGGGUUUCUCUCCGCUGUCCUCUGCAGGCACCGGAGAGCCUCCCAGAAAUCCCGUCAUUCCCACAGAAGACUACGACAUAUUGGAUGAGAUAUCCACUCCUACUAUGACUACAAGUACUGGAACCCUCCCACGGUGCGACUACCACUCCUGCAGAGAGAACCAGACCCCCUGCGAGGACCUCGCUGCCUCUCAUGGCUGCUCGUGUCCAGGUUUUUCCUUGACGACAGUUCAACCAGACGAUCCCUCUCUGAGAUCAGUGACCUGGAACGGCUCGGCAGUUGUGGUUCACUGGUGUGCGCCAUAUUCUUACAUCACAUCUUAUGUUGUGACGGUUAAAGGUGGGGAGAAGCAGAUAGUGAAGAAGGACCAAAGGAUCACAACGUUGAAGCAGAUAGACCACAAAGCGGAGGUCUGCGUGGUGGCUGUAAACGACGUGGGGGAAAGCGGCCCGUCCUGUAAGGAGUACACCCCGGCUAGCAACAGCCUGCCCCUGGCAGCAGGCCUCAUCGGCGGGGCGCUGGGCCUCCUGCUGCUGAUUCUGCUGGUUGUUCUGCUGUGUAGGCGCAGGACGCAAAAGAAACGAGAGGCCGCGCAUGUAUGAGGAACUCAGCUGAGAGUCAGCAAGCAGACAAGAAAAACAAGAAACACAGAGAGACUGCACACUCGGAGAGAUGAGACUCAUGAAACGCUCCGUUGUUGCUGAAGUUAAUUAACUGUGAGAACGUCGGAGUGUUUGUUUCAAGAAAGCAGGAAACAGGGUUCAUCAACUCCUUAUCAUAUCUAGCCGGUUAUAUUCGUCUCCUCAUUAGUGGUGCAUUUUUUUUUUUUAGGAACACUUGAUUUAUUCAACUGAAUUAAGGAUGCAUGAAAAUAACAAUUAUGAACAGAAUCAGGAAGGAAAUGUUUUACUGCAGUGGCAGUAUUAUUGUCUUGCAAUCUGUUAAAACAAGCCUGAAGGAUGAAUACUUGUUCAACUCGGCGAGCUCCAUUACAUAUCAAUAGUAAAAAUCAUGAGAUUUCUAUUUAUUCCUYGGGAUUGGAAAUUCACUUCACCUAAAAAUAAUUAAAAUAUCAAUGAGAACUAAUCUCUGGUACAAUCAAGAAGAAAUAAUUAUCGGUAGCGACCGAGCCGAAACAACAUCCAACGAAGAUGAACGACUGAUUUAACAGCUGGUUCUCACUAGAGCCCCAAAAUGGGGGUUUUUACAGCCCAAUUCUUUAAAUAUGAGAGAGGAAGAACAAAAACACAGCAGUUUUGAUUCCUCGGUUUUCAGCAUCAGAACUGAAACCAGAGCUUUGCUGAAAAGAGGCUCUGGUAGGUAGAAGGUCAAACGUGAUGUGUUUGUGUACACUGCUUUACUUUAUUUAACCAGGAAUGUGCCUUAUUGUUCAAUGAGAUACAGUAUCUCUCCUGACAGACAAAUGGAAAAUAAAAGCACUGACAAAGCACUGAAAAGAAAUAAACAUGAAUAAAUAUUUUAAAAAGAUAAAUUAAAACGGUGAUACUGUUUUGUUCCAGCUGGGGUUUUUUUUUUAUUGUUUAAAAAGUUAAGUGAGGGUGAUGAAUCUAAGUUGAAUUUGUGCUGGAAAGGUAAUUUGGGUUAAGUAUAACAAUGAAAAACACUAUUUUCAAAGAAUGGUAGUUAUUUACACUGGAAUUAAGUUUGAACAGAAUUGAUUGGCUGAAUCCUUGCUUUUGCAACCGAAAUACAGAACAGUACUUUAUACAGAAUCCAACAUUUUUAAGAAAAAUCCAGCAUUUUUCUUCAACUUUGAUGUCAACUGAAGAAAAUAAUUUUCUCUGGACUAACCAUUUUUGGGGGUUAAAAUAAGAUUUUUAAAAUAAAAAUAAUAAAAAUCCAGCUUUGGUUUAGUUUUUAUAGGAUUUUCAACUUUAUUAAUGCCAAUGUGGAAUGUAUCUGCAGCCUACCAGUCUAUCUAUUCACCUCUAAAAUGAUUCCAAUAACCAAAAUCAUUCAUUAAAAAAAAAUACAAAUACAAAAAUCCCAUCUAUUGACUCUUCUUGCAAUCAAAUUUGUUUACAUAAAAACAUGUGAGGAAUAAAUGGGAAUUAAAGGGGAUUAUCAAGCCAGGAAAUGUAACCCUCCCCCGGUGAGACACAUCUUACAUAGUAACUGGGUUUGCACUUUGAAAGUGUGUGGAAAACAUAUAUUUAGUCUUUUGAACUGUAAGGAUCACCUGAUUAAUUUGUUAAAAACCUUUAAAAAAGGUUAGAUGAAUAUUAAAGAGAGUUUACCAAUUCUUUUUGAGACUGAGUCUCAUAAAUAAAUAAUCGUAUCAUCUGCAUAGAAGUAAAUGUCCCUGCAUUCAGCUACUUACAUUGAGCUGAAGAAAAGAAGAAAAUGCUCAUAGUUUGACCUAUAACGGAAUAAAAUGCUCAAACAGGCUGUCAACCAUUUACGUUCUUAAUUACGUGACAAAAGUUUUGUCACUAAAAUUAUGUGUGAGGCCUGAAAUAAAUUCAUAUCAGACGUAUAUAAAAUUUUGAUGCUGUAUAAAAGAAACAUUUUCUCUGAACCUCUCUGUGAGAGUUUUAUUGCACUCUUUAUAUAUUUAUUUUAAGUAGGUGAAUAGAUAGUGGGAUUAGGGAUUAGUAAAAAAGAAUGAAUAAAUUUACUUUGCUCUUCUCUCGUGGAUAUCAUUCUAUAUCCUGAUUUGAAUCGUGCAAGAAUAAAGAAUUCGAUUCUUUCACCAGUUACUGUGUAUGUCUGUAAAGGUCUGUCCAUUAAACUGAAAUAAAGUGAAACUUUUUGUUGUCUAAA